AAUAAAUGCAAUCUUCCUCACCAAACAAAACCAGACCUCCCACCUCCCCAUCUCUAGAGAUGCACUCCCCAUCCUCCGUCACUGCUACUACCACCACCGCCACCACGAUAUUACUAAUCCUGGGCUCGGUCGCGUUUUCAUGUUACAGCCAAGAGGACGGGCGAUACUUCACCUGCCUUCAGGACUUCAGUUGCGGCCAAACCAUCCAAAAAGUUAGAUACCCUUUUUGGGGAGAUGGUCGCCCCCAAUUCUGCGGCCACCCAUCGUUCGGAUUGAAGUGCCAAAACAACGAGUACCCAACUAUCGAAAUCGACAACCGGGCCUUUCGCGUGCAUGACAUCGAUCCAUCCAGCAAAAAAAAAACAAUAACUCUCGCUAGCUCAGACCUCUGGGAAAGUUAUUGCACUCAGGAGUUGCAUAAUAUCACUUUGGAUGACAAAUUGUUCACUUAUGGGCAAACCAACCGGGUCCUCUUUUUAUUCUACAAUUGCACGUCAGAAGCGAGGACAAUUAAUAUUCCGUACAAUUUUACGUGUGAAAUAGGUGGUAUAGAAAGGCUUGGGUUGUACACAAACGAGACGUUUUUCAAUGGGAUUGAGAAUUCUCAGUACACCACGAUAUCGUGUAACCAGAGUGUUGAAGUGCAAGUUUUUCGGGAGACCGUGGACAAACUUUUGGAAGGAUCAUUGACGCUUCAAGAGGGGUUGCGCAGAGGGUUUGAGGUGGUGUAUGAUGCCAAUAAAACCAUCUGUGCGAGGUGUCAGCAUUCAGGUGGGUUUUGUGGAUCGGAUUCGAGCGAGUUUGCUUGCCAUUGCCGCGAUCGUACUUAUCCAGCGACCUGUCAAAGUCCUGGGAAUGGAUUGAACGUUGGACGGAAGCUUGCUAUAGGAUUAGGUUCUACUGGUGGGAUUAUGGUAAUUCUGUUGUUCUGCAUUAUCAUCAAGAAACUCAAACGAAGUGAAUAUGCAUUCUUUUGGAAACCUAAGACAGAAAACUACCGAAAUAUUGAGGCAUUUCUAAAGAAUUGUGGGUCUCUUUCUCCGAAAAGAUACACUUAUUCAGACAUUAAGAAAAUCACCAACUCCUUCGAAACUGAACUAGGUAAGGGAAGCUUUGGUUCUGUCUUCAAAGGAAAGUUAGAAAAUGGUUGCCUCGUGGCAGUGAAGGUUCUAAAAGGGUUGAAAGGCAAUGGAGAUGACUUCAUUAAUGAGGUCGCAACCAUUAGUAGAACUUCUCAUGUUCAUAUUGUGACCCUUCUUGGGUUUUGUUUUGAGGGUAGCCGUAGAGCUCUCGUAUAUGAGUUCAUGCCUAAUGGAUCUCUUGACAAAUUCAUUCAUGAUGGUGGUUCCUUGACAUAUCGCCAAUUGGGUUGGGAAGCAUUGUACCAAAUUGCAAUUGGUAUUGCCCGAGGGUUGGAGUAUUUACACCGUGGUUGCAACACACGAAUUUUGCAUUUUGACAUAAAACCUCAUAAUAUUCUUCUAAAUGAGGACUUUUGCCCAAAGAUAUCUGAUUUUGGCCUUGCUAAACUAUGCCCACAAAAAGAGAGUAUCAUAUCAUUGUUGGGUGCUAGAGGAACGGUAGGGUACAUUGCCCCGGAAGUAUUUAAUAGAAAUUUUGGUGGCGUUUCACACAAGUCUGAUGUUUAUAGCUAUGGAAUGAUGGUUCUAGAAAUGGUUGGAGGAAGAAAGAACAUUAGUGUCGAGGUUGAUCGUACCAGUGAAAUAUACUUUCCACAUUGGAUAUACAAGCGUCUUGAGCUAGAUGAAGAACUCGGAUUGCAUGGGAUUAUGGAUGAUGAGGCAAAUGCAAGUUCAAGGAAAAUGAUAAUAAUUGGAUUGUGGUGCAUACAAAUUGAUCCUUCACACCGACCAUCAAUGAAUCGGGUGGUGGAGAUGUUAGUAGGAAGCCUGGAGUCUUUGCAAAUCCCACCUAAGCCUUUCUUGUCUUCUCCCCCAAGAGCACUGGUGGAUUCUUCCUCUCCACUCACGUCAUGACAGUGUGACAAUGCAUUCAUGCUUCCAGGGAAAAUGAAAUUUCCACUUCCCAUGAUGACAAAAUGUGGAGCUUAAUUCCAAAGGAUUUUCCUCAUGUUGUCAAAUCAACAGUACUUUGGUUAGUUUCAAGAAGUGUGAAGCUUUUUUUUUAAUCAGUAAAAGUAAUAUUUUUUUUAUCGGCAAAAAUAACACUUUAUUAGUAUGAAGCUUUUUUUAGACCAAAAAUAUUGUCAAUUAAUGUUUGUAUACAUUUUUUGUGAUAUGGCAUAUGCCAUUGGCAAUUUAUAUUUGCAACUGCACAUGAUUAAUGUACCCAUAUAUACCUGAUGAUUUACUUCUAAAGUUUGGUUUUCAUGUAUCAUAUGUAGAUGUUUGUUU